AUGUCAUCAGUUAAAAAGCAGUUGAAGAAUCAACGUUCUUUUCGUGAACGCCUUCGUAGUUUAGAAGAUAAAGUAAAAAUGUAUGAAAAAGCAUACGUAGAUUCUCAGAACGAGAAUAAAUUGUUAAAAGAAGAGGUUGAAAUAUUGAAGAGACGCCUCUCUAGAUUUGAAAAAGAUUUUGCAUUUGACAGUUCUAAAGCGACUAGCGCAACAAUAUACGCGGCCCAAAACAUGCUCGAAGAAAGCCAAAUGAAUGAUAACCAAAUUCAUCACGAUGUUGAUGAUAGUAGUUCUAAUGAUGACAUUGUUAUAAAUGACGAAACAGUCAAGACAAAUUAG